AAGCACGCUGAAAUUUUCGUGAAUUAGGCCUCACUGUUGCACAUGGAUCACUGUGCUGCCUUCCUCAGUUACCCAGAGAAAACCCUACGUGCCCCAUAAGAGCACUGCCACAUUGCAAGCCAACCCGAUGGCGUCCUCUACUGCUGUGCCUGUAGGAUUUCACUAUGAAACAAAAUACGUAGUUCUCAGCUACCUGGGACUUUUAUCACAAGAGAAGCCACAGGAGCAUCCUCCUCCUUCAGCUCAAGGGACUCAACAACCGCUUAUGGGACAACAUGCUUUGGAGAAAGAGGCUUUGGAGAAGAUUAAAAUAGAAAUUGAGGAGGAGCUAAAACAUCUUGAUGAAGAAAUCUUGGAAGCAUUUACCACUACAGGAUUUGACUGCCACACUUCCCCAGUGUUCAGUCCUGCCAAUCCAGAGAGCUCAAUAGAAGACUGCCUGGCUCAUCUGGGGGAGAAAGUGUCCCAGGAAUUGAAAGAACAUCUGCACAAAGCACUGCAGAGCUUGCUUAGCAAGCCGGUGACAUACCAAGAAUAUCGAGAGCGCACACAAGAGACAGCUGCUCAUGCCAGUGGAUGGAACAAGGUCUUGGUACCCCUGGUUCUGCUACAACAAUUUCUGAUGGAGUUAACCAGACAGGGCCAGGAACCACUGAGCGCACUUGUGAACUUCGGGGUGACAUAUCUAGAAGACUAUUCUGCAGACUAUAUCAUUCAACAAGGAGGAUGGGGGACGGUCUUUACUUUGGAAUCCGAAGAGGAAGAGUACCCCGGGCUCAUCGCAGAGGACAGUAAUGACAUCUACAUCCUGACCAGUGACAACUCGGGACAGGUGAGCCCCCCGGAGUCCCCCACGGUGACCACGUCGUGGCAGUCGGAGAGCCUGCCCGUCUCCCUGUCAGCGAGUCAGAGCUGGCACACAGAGAGCCUGCCAGUCUCCCUGGGACCCGAGUCCUGGCAGCAAGUGGCCAUGGAUCCUGAAGAAGUCAAAAGCCUGGACAGCAACGGAGGGGGUGAAGAAAGGAGUGAGAACAACUCUUCCAACUCGGAUAUUGUUCACGUGGAGAAGGAAGAGAUACCGGAGGGGAUUGAGGAAGCAGUGGUGUCAGCCGUCGCUGCAGAGACCAUGCAGGCAGCAUUUCCAGAAACCCCUGCUUCUUUACAGGAAGUAAAACCUCAAGCUGAAAUUGCUGCUGUUGAAAAAGCACACCCCUCCGCACUUCUGCAUACAAAACAGGAGGAAAAGGGAAAAGAGGCUGAAGAGCUUGUUGAACCUGAAAUCCCCGUAUUAAGUAAACCUGUCCCAAAGUUAGUCCCAUCAGAAGAAAAGGCUGCACCAGAACCUGAGAAAAUACUGCUUCCAGGGGAAAAAAAAGUGGGGAAAGAGGGCCGUUUGGAAGAAAUAGAAGAGAAAUCCUCCGCUGCAGAGGAGAAGCCUAUCUUAUUGCCGGAAGGGAAAUCUAUAUUGCUGUACGGUGGGGCUGCUGCAGUAGCUAUAUUAGCUGUAGCAGUCGGAGUAGCACUGGCGCUUAGAAAAAAGUAACGGAGCUCUCUUGAGGAGGAGGAGGAGGGGGGAGAGAGAAGAGAGCACGAUCCAAUUUUUGUAGUUGUGUUACCUAAAGGUUGAGCUGCCUGCUGUUUAAUUGGACAUUUGAGUAACUUAAUGGUGAUGGGGUGAGGUCAUUCAAUAAGCCUCCAGCUAUGGACAAUCAUGUUUUUAGUAGAAUUGCGGCGGGGACUGGUUUUUCGUGAUUAAAGUACAGGGGUAUUUUUAAAAAAAAAAAAAAAAAAUCUGCAAAUUUAAGAACUUAAGCGCAGGUGCUGAAGAAGGGGGUGCUCAUACUCUAGGAACUGGAACAGAGAAUCCCCAGGGGAAGGGGAGAGCCAGCUGCUGCCAACCCCUGGAGUUUUUGGCUUCUCAGACUGACCGCUAUUGCAGCUGCGCUGUCUUGUCACUUCCCGUCGCACCCCCGAGCCCUCCCUAACAAACAUUAGCCAACUUGAGUCCUGUAGCGAGAGGCUGGUCUCCCUUUUGUCUCGGCUUCCUCUCAGGUACAGCACUGCUCCUCGUAACCUCACAGGUUCCUCCUAAGCCCCAGUGGGAGAGUGCUCAUUCUUACCUCUUUGCUCACACCAGUUUUGGCCCCUAACAUUUACUGGAGCCCCAUCCUGUAAAGAUGCUGCCUCUCUAUAGUUGUAUUAUCUCUGAGCAUCCUGGUGUUCCUGGGGGAGAGGUGCCCAGGAGGGUGGGAGGGACGCUGCCCUUCGCUGGUUUGAGAAUCCAUUUGCUCCGCUCCUGCCUGGCCCCCACUUUACUGCCACCCUUGAGUUACCAGAGGUGCAAAAUUCAUGCUGGACACGGUGCCGUUCUGAUCCGUACUCUGAUCCCAGGGUAUAUUCAGCAAAGAUACAGCAAAACUACGUGCAAGUGAGGCCGAUGCCUCCUGUGCCAUUCAAGGGUUAAACGCUACGUUGUCCUGUGUCACGCUGCAGUCUGUAUCGUCUUUCCCAGGUUAAGCACAGAGCGUAUUUAGUCCUAACUUGGUCCCGGCUGUGACAGAAUCCCAGAUACAUAAGGCAAUGGAUUCUAGUAACUGAGCAAAACAGCAUUAAACGUCUCCUCUAUCUGCCUGUUCCUGACCUGACCCGGAGUGUUGUUCAGUGCGAUUUCUUUUGUGAUUCUGAAUCUGUAAUUAGCUAAACUUACGGGUUCACAAAUGAUGAGAGAGUUACUUUGGCAAAAAGUAAAUCCCUCUUCCUGCAGUCACGCCACUUCAAAUGUGUGUGAAGAGAAACCUUUUUAAGUAUUGCCAUGCGUAUUAGUGUCCUGGUUUCGACUGGGAUAGAGUCAGUUUUCUUCCUAGUAGCUGUUAUAGUCGGAUCCAACCACAAGUGUUCCUCUUCCAGCGCACGUUUCUGUGUCUGUCCUUGUCCUGUGUCUGUCCUUGUCUGUACGGCAGCUCUGUGGGCAAGACCUUAGGCUUUCCAGGCAAAACUACUGAUGCAUCUCUCAGGGUUCGUGCUGGCACUGUGGCUUAGACCAGAUGGAGGUAGGUGAAAGGGAACUUGGGAUAAUGUAAAAAUCGAAAUACGAGCUUAUGGGAAGCUUACUCUUCAUGAAGCACAAAGACGAGGUACUUUAUUUCUAAAUAACCUUAUCUAGAGUACGUCUCGUAAUGAGCCUGUUCUUAAGUGAUCUGAGAAUGAAGAGAUUUUAGCACAUUCUCUAUUUUACGAUAUUCUUGCUAUAUUUUCCUAUCCCACCCAUAUAUCCCAGGAUGCUGGGAAGUCAGUAAGAACCUGGCAGAUUCUGAGGAAAUUUUUUUGUUUAAGCUUUUUUGAGAGUGGAUUUUUUAGAAAACUUCUUGGAUUUUUGAACUGUGUGUGUGUGAAGUUGAAUACUGAGAGGAAGGAUUGUCACGUAUGUACUGCUGCUGUGGACUGAACUCGGGAGCUCUGGAGCUCUGGACUUUACUGUUGAUCAUUGAUUGCUCUUUUUCCCUGUACAAAAGGUAGCAGGUUGGCCUUAACACAAAAAGAAACCCUUUACCAUAUUGCAAAAUGGAAUUGACUUUUUUUGCCAUUUCCUGGUGCCCUGCUGGUACCGUCAUUGCUGUGCUGUGUGCCCAGAACUGGUCACUGGGACCUCCUCACGCCACGGACUCCCCGGUGUCUGCCUUCCCACCACCGCGGUUCCCUCUCCUGGCACCUCACGGGAGCUUCCCUCGCAUGGAGAGGUGUCUUUAUGCUCCUUUUGUCACGGAUGUGCACGAACGUUUGCAGUUUCGCUUCAUUUCACGUGUGGCAACAGUGUUUUAUUGACAAGUGACGCAGUCUGUGAGGGUACCUGGUUGUUCCUAUGUGGCAAGGGCUGCUUUACUGCCCGGUAAGUGGGGGCAGGUCUGCCCCUCUCCUGCUGCUUUGCUGACGGCUUCGGUUUCUUCUCCGGGUAUGUUCUCUGUGGGAGAAGGGCCGUUCUUAACCCGACCUACGUCCUCUCCUUCCGAAAGAUGAUGCACCUACAUUUGGGACAUCCCCCAUCUGCAGCCACGCAGUGGGUUACACAGAAGUACCCACAUGCACUCUGAAGCAGAGAUGGAUUUUUUUGGACAUUCUGGAUAACUUGUGCACAAACUGGGGGGCGGGGGGGGGCUGAGGUCAGGUCAGGUGUUCUUUUAGCUCUUCUCUGUACAUGGUUGUUUCAGUAGUCGUGUGGGAGAUGGGUACAGGACAGACAAUAAAUCCACGCCGGCUAGGGAAGAAGUCCCUAGCUUGUUGGCGUAAGGAGCCCAGUGGGGCAUUAAAUAAAAAGUGUCGUCUGCCACACACAGCAGUGAGAAGAAGGUGGCAGCAGUAGCAAGGAAAACAGAUGACGUUGUUUUGUUAAGCAUUUUCAUGGUGGGGCGAAAGCCUCGAGUAUCUGGUGUGUUGCUACAUUUAACGGAGCAUCAGCUGCACCAUGUGUUUUGGUUGCUUGGUCCCUUCUUUAUAUUUUUCUCAUUUUAGGGUCUUAGAGAUUUGACAAGUCAGCAAGAAUUUGUACCGUCUUCUCCCCCACGCCACUGACCAUGCAUUUAGAAAAUUUAUCGUAUGCGUCUCUUUCCUCUGGGAACACUCAUCUGGAGUCCUGUGGUCAGAGCUGGGACAGGCCCUGUGGAAGUCACCAAAGGGCGGGUAAGCUCAGAUGACAGCGUUCUUACAGACUUGAGUGCCAGGCUGCUUGCUCUAUUAUAGGUGUGAAUUAGAAAAUGGAAGGUGGUGGGGGUUUUUUCCCUAUCUUCAAGUAUAUAAAAGUAAUCCUAAACCGCAGGGUCUAAUCACCCUGAACCGUGUGAUGUGACCUCUUUUUAGUGGAUCUCUUGCAGCUGGCUGAGGAAAGGCAGUAGCUAUAUACUUAUGAAAGGGCAUAUAGAAUUACUCUCACUUGUGUUGCUUAUCCCCUUCCCAAAAGUGCCUCAGUAUCUGUCCUCGAGUGGCCUGUACCUUAAUAAAAUAUCUACCUUAGACCCAAUCUUUCUUCACUUUAUCCUUGUCUGCAGCACACCCUAAAGCUGAGAUGCUAAAACAGCAGAGGACUGGAUCUACAAAAAAAGUGUUAAAUACUUAAGGAACUGCAGUGGGUAGCAUGUUAAAUAAGGAACUGGCAAGGAAAAGGCUUUCAGGAUAAGGUGCAACUUAGAUCUCAGUUGUGCUUAACUCUAGGCUGUGUUCACUUGGGUGUUGCGGCUGGGAGCUGAGCAAGGUCUUCCUUCAGCAAGCAUUCCUGGAACAACAGGCUGGGAGCAAAGACUGAAACCCAGAAUCCCUCUGUUGCAUAAAAGCCCAAACCGCAGACACAGAGCCAUGUCCCUGCCUGUUGCAGCCGUGCGCUGUGCAAGAGCCUGGUGGACUCCUGCCUCCCGAGUCCCUUGAACUUCAGAAGAUCGAGGCUGUGGGGCUGUAGUUGGCACAGCGGUGCCGAGCUGCUCAGCUAGGGCAAAAUCAGAAUAUCACUGGGCAGACACAGAGAGGUGGCUUGAAAACUUAGGCUUUCGGUUCUUGUUGGGCUAGGUGGAUGCUGAGUAGGGGUUCUCAGGGUGCUACUUCGGCUGCUGAAAAAUACUGACAAUAACUUAGAUCUAAAAUACUAGGUCUGGCCCAGUGAAACAAGCUAGAGCAACAAGCAACACUUCUGCAGCCUUCUGUCCAUUCAGAUGGGAGUCAUUAGGCAGCUGCCUGCUCCAGGUACUUACCAGUCUGAACGGAAGCUCAGAGCCAGACGAUGCAGUGGAAGCACGUUCUCUGUUUAGUAUUGCACCUGGUUUUGGACUUCUGGCUGGAGGUGAAGAGCCUGUUGUUGUAGUGUUUGCAGUUGGUUGUUUCUUUCCUAACCUGCCUUCUAGAGAGCGAAUUACUACUCCAAGAAGCCAUCCUUGCUGUUUGUGAGGGCUUGAUAUUUUUUUUUUUCAUCCUGGCUGGGGGCUGUGCUUGGGCAUCUGCAGCUCAAGGGACGGUUGAAAGCUGUAGUGCCGAGUGCUCUUGCAUAGGGCAAGUUCUGUUGCCAGAAUCCCGUUUCCUUCCUUUUCAUGUAGCUCUGAUCACAGCUAGGCUAACACUUUGGACUGUAUUUUUUGCUUUCUAAUGGUCACAAAUGAGAAAUUUCAUUAGUACUAAACAAGCGAGGUUCUGAAGUUUGGUCUUUUUUCAUUUUAAUGAUUGUAGUAGACAAAAUAAUCUGAGGUCAUAAGCCUUCCCAGAUUUAAUUUCAGCUACAGUGGUAUGGCAGUACUAGCAAAUCCCUAGUAAGGUAGAUGUUGCUAUUCUGGCAAAAAAUAGAAGUGCUUCUGGCAGCAUAGGCUCUCACUCACUGAACCAGAGCAAGCUCAUGCUAUGGAAUUUGAGAGUGUAAUUACUAGACUAUUUUGCUGUGAAAUGGGGGGUGGUGGUGGAGGGGUGAACACAGCCCCAGCUGCCAUGCCUAGGUAGAGCCCAGGUCUUCAGUAGAAUGUCUCAUUCCAGGCAUGAAAUGUACUGAAGGUCAGCUCAUCCCCAUGUGUCUACUCCAACAGGAGCAGACACACACAGUAGUAGUGUUUACUCCAGUAGGUUACACAACAGGAGAAAGUGUGUCCCAGUGAAACAGAGGGGUGAGGCACAUUAUCUCCUGCACCUAUUGAAGGCAGAAGCUGUGCAUUACUUUAAUUUGGCUUGGUCUGCUUAAUUUUGGCACUAGAAAGGUUACAAAGAACAGUAUGGCUUUGACUCCGUGUAUGUGUCUGUGCUUCAAAAUGCAAGCUCUGUAUUGCAUAAAAAAAAGGGGGGGGCGUUUCUAAGAUUUAAGCCACCAUUAGAGUUGGCUCUCAGGCCCACACGGAGCCGGGACUGCAGGGCUAGCCCAAGGCAAGCGUACCCUGUUUGCACCUGCUGAAGUGAACUCUCCUGAGUAGUGUACUUGGCUGGGGAAUGAGAAGGGCACCAGCUUGGAAGGGCUCAGCUGUAGUGUUACCAAUACAUCCAGGGGAACCACAACACAACAUCCCUCAGAUCUGCUUCCUUAAGUUAAAUAAGUUUAUCGCUUUUUUCCCUACUCAGAGCGGACCCUCUCUGUGUCUCUUAGGUAGGCUGACUUGCUUCCUCCUAGCUAGAGGUCUAUGGUGAUGCUGUAGAAGUGGGGGAGCUACGCUUAGCUUCCAGUGGAAGCUGCUUUUCAUCUCCUUGCAGUAUCUGCAGGGGAGGGAAGGAACGCUAUACAAUUUGGACAGAACAAGCUGCAGAGGAUGCAUCUUACUGCUGUACCUUUAGGGGGUCUCUCCCCAUUUUUAACUUGCAUUGUAAGCUUUUAUUCAAGUGUAAAGCUAAAACCCACUCAGACCAAAAGAAAGAAUGCCACUUGAUUUGUUAAGUAGCAAAGACUAAUGGGACUGACUCUGAAGCACGCACGUUAGGGGAUGUCUUCCACUAGGCUUCUGCUGGGUGUAGGCAGGUAGUGACGGACUUGCAGGGAUUUCCGAAUCUGUUCUCAAGAGGCCUGCCUGGGGGAAGAGACCCUGACCGGUCCUCAAGUCACCCAUUAACCAAGGAACUGGUCACAUUGUUCCUUUUAGUAUGCAAGUGCAACCCUCUUGGGGAAAACUGUCUAAAGCUUCUUGUGCCAUUUGGUUAAUAAAAGUGUUUCCACCUUUAAAAGAAAGUUCUUUGCAGCUUCAUUGUUCUAUAUUCAGUUGAAGUGAAGGGGUAUGUACAUUUUUUCCCUCUGCUAAUGGGACACUGCUGUAAGACCAUGCCCCCAGGUUGCACUUUAAUAAAUGGUACAGUUUUCAAAAA